ACUGAAUUGGGCGUUAUAACAAUUGAAAAGAAAAAACCAAAAAAAAAAAAAAAAAAAAAAAAUGGACACAAAGCUUGAGGUUUUGCCGUGAGGAGAAUCACUACACCAGUUUGUUUUCCAACUAACAGCACUCGUCCCAGUACCCAGUCCCAGUCUGGUGAAAAAUAUUACAGCCCCGUAAAAAAAAAUCCACGACGAUGGGACUCAACUGAAGGAAGCCAAAUAUUGCUUAUUCACUCUCUCACUCUGUUUGUCUCUCGGGAAAACGCAUUUUCUUUCCCAGGAAAAACACAUUUUCUACUGUGUGUUUUUCUGUGUGCUUGUGUGAGUGAGAGAGAGAGGGAGAGGAAGAAGAAGAAGAAGAAGAAGGAAGGAUGAGUUUCAGGGAAGAGAGUGAUGAUGGGAAGGAAAUCAGGAAGCCGUUUCUGCAUACUGGGAGUUGGUAUCGGAUGGGUUCGAGGCAAUCUAGUAUGAUGGCGUCGGGACAGACCAUGCGUGAUAGCUCAAUCUCAGUUGUGGCUUGUGUUCUGAUUGUGGCUUUGGGUCCUAUUCAAUUCGGCUUCACUUCCGGUUAUUCUUCACCUACCCAAUCUGCAAUCACCAAGGAUCUUUCACUUUCACUGUCGGAGUAUUCUAUAUUUGGUUCUCUAUCCAAUGUGGGUGCCAUGGUUGGUGCAAUAGCUAGCGGUCAGAUUGCUGAAUAUAUUGGUCGAAAAGGGUCCUUAAUGAUAGCUGCGAUUCCUAAUAUAAUCGGAUGGCUUGCUAUAUCAUUUGCCAGAGACGCUUCUUUUCUCUACAUGGGAAGGUUGUUGGAAGGAUUUGGUGUGGGAAUUAUCUCAUACACGGUGCCUGUGUAUAUUGCUGAGAUAUCACCUCAAAACUUGAGAGGCAGUCUGGGGUCAGUGAACCAGCUCUCUGUCACCAUAGGGAUCAUGCUGGCUUAUCUUCUGGGCCUCUUUGUUGAAUGGAGAAUACUUGCGGUUUUGGGAAUACUGCCAUGUACAAUAUUGAUACCUGGGCUAUUUUUCAUUCCGGAAUCUCCUCGAUGGCUGGCAAAAAUGGGCAUGACAGAGGAUUUUGAAACCUCUUUACAAGUCCUGCGAGGUUUUGAUACUGAUAUUUCUAUUGAAGUGAAUGAAAUCAAGAGAUCUGUAGCAUCAACAACUAGAAGAACAACAAUUCGGUUUGCAGAACUCAAACAGAGAAAAUACUGGCUCCCUUUAAUGAUUGGAAUUGGACUGCUUGUUCUUCAACAGAUUAGUGGAAUCAAUGGUGUUCUAUUCUAUUCCAGUACUAUCUUUGCAACUGCUGGGGUCACAUCAAGUAAUGUGGCUACAUUUGGUCUUGGUGCUGUUCAGGUCUUAGCUACUGGAUUGACUACAUGGUUGAUGGACAAAGCAGGCCGACGGCUUCUACUUAUUAUCUCCUCUGCUGGAAUGACACUUAGCCUCCUCCUUGUUGCUGUAGCAUUCUUCUUAAAGGAUUUUGUAUCAACUGAUUCUAGUUUCUAUAGCACACUGGGGAUAAUAUCAGUUGUUGGAGUUGUGGCCAUGGUGAUUGCUUUUUCGUUAGGGGUUGGAGCUAUUCCAUGGAUUAUAAUGUCUGAGAUUCUUCCAAUCAAUAUUAAAGGCCUUGCUGGAAGUGUAGCAACGCUAGCCAACUGGUUCACUGCUUGGUUGGUCACCAUGACUGCAAAUUUGCUAUUGGAAUGGAGUAGUGGAGGAACCUUCACAAUAUACACGCUUGUGAGUGCUUUCACGGUGGUAUUUGUUACCAUUUGGGUCCCUGAGACGAAAGGGAGAACUCUGGAAGAAAUUCAAUGGUCCUUCAGAUAAGCUUUACCUUUCCUUUUAGUUUCAAUUUUUAUCAGAGGAAAAGCAAUUUAUGCUGUUCUUUUGGUGCGGUGAUCCUACAGUUACUGUAAAAAUGUGAAUUUGUAUAAUUUUUUUCUUUGGUCCUAUUGGCAUAAAUGCUGGCAAUUCUUCUGCCAGCACUUCGUGGUCCUUUAUUGCUGAUACAAGAGGUGUAACACGAGUUUGCCUACCACUAUCUCUGCCACAAAAACUUUCUAUCUACAAACUAAUUUCAAUU